AAAUGUAUAUAUAACUGGGCCUAAAAUAGAAGUUAGCAGUCACCGUGAAGCCGUGAACAUACAGUAGAACGGCAUAAACGACUUCUUUUUAACAAUGAAGGAAGAAUGUACUUGGUUUCUAUGGCUUUAUUGCCUGUGUUUUACAACAGCAUAUUGGACACCAUCGUAUACAACAGCAGGAAGUCAACCUCAAACAAUAGAGCGAUUCGUUUGCGGUAAUGAAUCACACGUAUUCACAUCUCCUGGCUACCCAAGUGGAUAUGGCAACAACAUGGACAUCAAUUGGACGUUUAGUACUCAUCCUGGAAACUUGAUCUCUAUUGAAUUCAACGAUUUUGAUCUCGAAGACUUCAGCGAUUAUAUUUUUAUUAGCAGUGACGGAGAAAAAAUUGGGGGUUACACUGGUUCCCGAUUGCCGCCAACAACGGUGUCGACAAACAACACACUGUCGGUUGUCUUCAAAAGUGAUCAUAGUGUAUCAGGCAGAGGAUUUCAAGCUGAAAUAUUCGUCUAUUCAGAAUCCUCAGAAGGAAUUUGUUCGGACUUUAAUGAUGGAUGGUGUGGCUGGACCCACUACAGUAGUUCUAGUCAAUGGCGACGUUCUUCUGAGAGAAUAUCUGGCGUUGAUCGAGGCAAUCGCUACACUUCAUCAGAUGAUUAUUAUAUUUACGUUGAAUCAUCCUACAGCUCUAAAUAUGGAUAUCUUGAGAGUCAAACGAUACCGCCUACUUGGAAUGAAGUUUGUCUUAAAUUCUACUAUUAUAUGAGUGGAAAUUCAAAUCAAUACCUAUACAUCUAUAGAUAUGACUAUUAUUAUACAACCCUGUUCUACGCUUACGACGACUACAGCAACCAAUGGAAGUAUGCCAGUGUAAAUUUUCAAAAUAGUUACUAUGCUACCCUGAGACUAAGAGGAAGAGCGUAUACCUAUAAUAGUUAUUACCCAGAAAUGAUAGCUGUUGACGAUAUUUAUAUCAGUGAAGGAAAUUGUUCAAAUGAUCAGGAAACACCUCCAACGUCAUCAAGAACUGAUAUAGAAUCUAAAACUGAUGUUGUAUGCAGUGAUUCUUAUAUGACCGUUUAUUUGGAUUCUUCAAUUAAUAUCAACGGUAGUGUGCACUUCCUUGAUGCAACAUGUACUUCUGCUGGAUACGUUUAUCGUAAUGGCAUUCGAUGGAUUUAUCUUUACACUCGAUUUGAUCAAUGCCGAACCUCAAUGACGUCAACGUACACUUCGACAACUUACCACAAUCAAGUAAUCGCAUCCGAAAACGGAGUGAUUUCUCGAGCAGACGAUUUUCGCAUUUCCGUUGAGUGUGAGCUUGACAAUAGAGGGCGAUCAUCUGUUAGUUUCAAUCCAGAGACCGAAGAACAAAAUUUUUUAAAUAGACAAAAUGGAAAUUUUACGUUUACGAUGGAGCUGUACACGAGUGACGAUUACUCAACUCCCUAUUCAUAUUUGGACUACCCUGUUGAAUUAAGCCUUGACAGUAAUGUAUACGUUGGUGCGAGCGUGCAGACUUUCAGUAACGAUAUGGUUCUUUUUGUGGAUUCUUGUAAGGCGACACCUAAUCCAGACCCAGAUGCUCAUCCAGAGUAUCAAAUAAUCGAAAACAGAAUCGACUUCAAAGAAAAUAUUUCCAGCGUUUUCUUCAACAUUGCUGUUUGCUGUUAG